AUGGAGCAGCCAGCACCCCCCAGUCCACCCGCCGUCGCUGUGGAAGAACCGCCUCAAGCGGACAAAGCAUCAGAGAAGCCAAAAGGCCCGUCGAAACCGCCAAUGCCUCAGCGCAAGUCGACGGGCCCAACGAGCAUGAAUGGGCCGCUAUAUAUGCAGACAAUCAACAACAAAAUCAUCAUCAGAAGACUCAAGCGCAAAGGCGAUGGCCCACUGAAGAACCUGGCUCGAUGGCUGGUCGAUAAUCAGACUGGCUUCUCCUUCAAUCUUAUUGCCCUUCUGUUCCUCACGCACUUUUGCAUGUCCAAGGCGCGGCCCUACACCUCCAAGUUCUUUACGCUGUCGCACUACAACCCGAACACUGGCAAAUAUGCCGCCGGACGUGACGACUUGUGCUUCAUCGCGUUUUGCAUCAUCCUCUUCACUGGCCUCCGCGCUGGCUUCAUGGAGAACAUCCUAGCUCCGCUGGCCAAAAUUUGGGGGAUAUCCAAGAGGAAGGAAAUCACAAGAUUCUCCGAACAGGCUUGGCUAUUAAUCUACUAUACGGUGUUCUGGACCCUCGGCUUGUACAUAUACUGCAAGUCGCCUUAUUUCCUGAAUAUGACGGAGCUAUGGACCAAUUGGCCCGUGAGAGAGCUUGAUGGACUCGUGAAGGGCUAUGUAUUGGCUCAGUGGGCUUUCUGGCUGCAGCAGGUUCUUGUUAUCAACAUCGAGGAUCGCCGCAAGGACCAUUGGCAGAUGCUGACCCACCACUUCAUCACAAUUGCUCUCAUUUCCAGCUCGUACGCGUACCACCAAACCCGAGUCGGCAAUCUGAUUCUGGUCUUGAUGGAUGUAGUAGACCUAUUCCUACCUCUUGCCAAAUGUCUCAAGUAUCUCGGAUUUACCACCAUCUGUGAUGUUCUGUUUGGCCUCUUCAUGGUUUCUUGGUUCUUCGCCCGCCAUGUCUUCUAUCUGAUGACCUGCUGGAGUGUCUAUGCGGAUAUCCCCCGUAUCAUCCCUAGCGCUUGCUUCAGUGGAGACAUGGAGAACCUGCAGGGCCCGUUCCCCGUCCCCAACGACUGGUCGCAUCUUCUAGAACCCUUCCGCGAACCAUCGGGCACCGUCUGUUGGAAUACCAACAUUAAAUGGGGUUUCUUGGGCUGUCUUGUCUUCCUACAGGUCCUCACCAUCAUGUGGUUCGUCGUUAUCGUCCAAGUGGCUAUGCGUGUGCUUCGGGGCAAGGGCGCCGACGAUGUAAGGAGUGACGACGAGGGCGAGGAAGACGAGGAAGAAGAGUUCGAAUACGAAGAAGCCCAACCGCUUGAGGAGGAAGUCGGCGUUGAGGCCCUUGACCUCAAGGGGUGGGAACGCCGGAAAGGGGUUGAGAGGACAUCCCAUGCUAAUGCAAGCGGUGUCAGUUUGCCGGGACACAGCGAUCGUAAGGAGUUGCUAGGCAGGAUCGGCUGCGAGAAGCAGGUUGAUUGA